GGAGAGGAUGAGGUGCGGUCCUGCAACCGGUCCUGCUGCACACCGGGGGCAUCCUGCCGCGCGUGGGUGAGUGAGGUGCCAGGGUGCAGCGGUCAAAGGAUGGACGACCCGUCGUCGUCGCCAACGGCGCUUACACCACACGCACGGCAACAUCUAAUUCGUGCUAAGGGCUCAUACCUCAAGGUUAGGUACGUGUAGCACAAAGAGCCCCCAGUGCAAAGAUAAACCGAAAAAUGUUGUUGUCUACCAAUCAGGACCACCGCAGUUUUGGCGAGGUCACGGCGCGUAGCAAAUGCGGCCACAGCCACGGCCUCGUUUAUUCUGGCCCCGAAACCUUGAUAGCGGGCAGGCACUGCAACCCAGCGCUGCGCCGCAACAACAGCGAUACCUAGGAUAGUAGGAAACCAGCAGCAUGUGCUGCAUCCCUGAGUGGUCUUGUGGUAUGCACAUACCUUAGUAUGCCCUGCCACUCUUUCUUGCCUUCAGCCUGUGUUCCAACCCACCUCGGUGGCUGUACUGCCAGCGCCAAAAGACUUGUGUCGCACAGUGAGGUACUAUUUUGGUCAACAAGCCGCGCCCUCGGGCAUUUGGUCUCUCUGAAAGGCUGCCUCCGACUCUUUCUUUCCAGGCUCAAAAACCGAAGCCAUUGGCGCUUUUGUAGCUUUUCAAACCAUCACGGAGAAAUGUACACGUACACGAACGACAUGUUCCCAGUAGAGUGGCUCCAGGGCUCACUCAAGUCCUCUUUGGACUGGCUCCAGAGCUCAUGCAAGUCCUUUCUGGACUGGCUCUCCGAACCACACGUGCUGGCCAUUGUCAUGGCGUGGGCGAUCACGUUCACCGCGGUGUGCGCCCUCCUCCUCUGCCUCGGCUUCGGGCCAAUAGGGAUCGUCGCGGGGACACUUGCUGCUGCUUUCCAGUCGUACAUGUACGGCGGCUUCACUCCGGCCGGGGGCAUUUUCGCAACGUUGACGAGCAUGGCAAUGCUUGGGACGCUGAUGCCUGCUGCGGCAAUAUUGGCCGCGCUGCUGGCGACCAUCGUGGCUGUUGUUGUCUGGGCGUGUGGCGUUGGCCGGUAGAGCUGGAUGGACAAAAGAUCAGCGACGUCUCUCGGUGGGAGAGCAGAGCCGG